GAUAUUUCUAUGAAUUUAAUUGAGUAAGCAAGAUAAUAGGUUUCUUUUGAUGUGGAUUCAGUUACUCCUUUACUUUAUGGAUCGAAAGAAUAAGCAGAGUAUUUAUUUACCAUAUUUAGUCAUAUAAAAUAAUUUUUAGAGAAAUGUAAGAAUAUUCCAGAGGUGCAGACAAGCCCUGAUUAUUAUAAUUGGAAUAGAGGAAAGCAGUUUCUAAGUAAAGGUGACUAAGCACUUGCUUUUCAAAAAUUACUUGAUUUUAAGUUGGAUGAGAUUCCUUUAUAUUUAGGAACAAUAUUAUAUUCAGCCACAACAAAUUAUUAUGGAGUAUACUUUGGAAUGGUUUUACCAGCACUAAAAGUAUUAGGAACAGAUGAAUAAAUAAAUGCGUAAAAUAUAAUAUAUAGAUAAUUUAGUUGGUAUAAGGAUUGCCUCAAUUUAAAAAUAGCAGGUUGUUAUGCUUAAACUGAAUUAGCACAUGGUUCAGAUGUAUAGAGUCUUUAAACAACAGCUACAUAUGAUGAAAGAAGAGACGAAUUCAUAAUACAUACACCAUCAAUAGAUGCAGUAAAAUGUAUAAUUAAAAAUUAAUUAUAGUCUGGCCAGGUGAAUUGGGAUUCUUAGCUAAUUGGGCAUUAGUUUAUGCUAAACUAAUAGUGAAUAAUAAAUCACAUGGAGUCCAAGCCUUUAUGGUUCCUAUAAGAGAUCUAAAUACUCAUAAACCAUUACCAGGAAUAGAAGUAGGAGAUAUCGGUCCAAAAAUAGGAUAUACUAAUAAAGACAAUGGUUUUCUAAGGUUUACUAAUUGCAGGAUACCAAGAUUUAAUAUGUUGGCUAAGUAUAUAAAGGUUACAAGAGAUGGAUAAGUAAUUAGAUAAGGUGAUCCUAAAGUGUCUUACUCUGCCAUGAUGAUAAUGAGAAAAUUAAUAAUAACAGUUUAUCCUAGAACAGCAGCUACAUCCUUAACAAUUGCUAUCAGAUAUUCAAUAGCUAGAUAAUAAUUUACAAAUGAUUAAGGCUAAGAAAACUCAGUAUUAGAAUAUUAAACUUAACAACAUAAAUUAUUUCCUUUAUUAGCAAAUCUAUAUUCAAUCAUUUUUACAGGAUUAAAAGUUGGAUAAUUAGUUGAUCUCAAUUUCAAUCAAGUUUAAAAAGGAGAUUUCUCUUUGAUGGCAAUUUGUCAUGCAAUCAUUUGUGGAACUAAAGCUAAUUUUACCUACUUUGUUUCUAAUUGUGCUGAAUGGUGUAGAUUGUCUUGUGGAGGACAUGGUUAUGCUCAUUAUUCUGGAUUACCAGCUAUUUAUUAAGAUAAUUGUCCUAAUAUUACUUUAGAAGGAGAAAAUCAAAUUAUGUAUUUAUAAUUAGCCAGAUUUCUACUUAAAAUUUAUAAUUAAGCCAAAUCAUCAUCUAAGAAAAUUAAUGAAACAUAUUUUGGAUUAUUUAAUAGAGUAUUUAAUAUAAAUAUCAUUUUAGCUUUAAUCUAUUUCUGAUUAUAAAUGCACUUCAUUCACUAGAGAAUAAAUCCUUUUACUUUUAGAAUCCAAUGUUAUACAUUCAAUUUAAUAUACAAAUGAUAAAAUGAUGACUCAUAUUAAUAAUGGAUAAGAUCCUAAAUCUGUUUGGGAUUAUAAAGUUGGAACUGAUUUAUGGAAUUCUGCAAAUAAUUUCAUAGAAUAUUACAAAUAUAUUAGUUUCUUGUAAACUAUUGAUUCAACUGAUAAUAUCAAUACUAAAAAGGUCUUGAGAGAUCUAGCUGAUCUAUUUGCUGCUAGUAUUUUAUUAGAUGGAUCAAGUACUUUAAUUGAAAAUGGUGUUAUUAAUGUAGAAUCUAUUAAAUUAAUAAGAGAAUUCUAUACUUUGUAAUUGUCAAUUAUUAAACCUGAAGUAUUUUAUAAUUAAUAUUUAGGCUAUUGGCUUGGUUGAAGCUUUUAGAUAUAAUGAUGCCUCUUUAAGAACAACUAUAGGUUGCUCAGAUGGAUAGCCAUAUGAAAAAAUAUAUCAUUCAGCUGUUAAUGAUAAUUCUUUAAAUAAAUACGAUUUUAAACCAAUAAUCAAUCAGCUCAAAAACAUAAAAGCCAGAUUGUGAAAAUCAAUAAAUAACAAAUGUAUCAAUCAAAAUUUAAUGUUAAAUCUUAAAAGUUUUUAAAAUCUUAAUCCAUAUUGUAUUUGCCCAUUUUUAUUCUCUUAUUCAAUCAUUAACAAAAUAAUAUUUUCAAAUUAAAUUCAUAAUUAAUUAUGAAGGUAUAAAACUAUCUAUUAUAAUUUCUUGACUAU